AUGUUCAACGGUAUGAUGGAUCCCGAUUUGAUGAGAAUCGCUCAGGAACAGAUGAGUCGCAUGUCACCCGCUGAGUUGGCUCGGAUCCAGCAACAGAUGAUGUCUAAUCCAGAGCUGAUGAGGAUGGCCUCGGAGAGCAUGAAGAACAUGAGCGCUGAGGACUUUAAGCUUGCUGCUGAACAGUUAAAGCAUACCCGUCCAGAAGAAAUGGCUGAGAUUGGUGAAAAGAUGGCUAAUGCAUCCCCUGAUGAAGUGGCUGCAAUGCGUGCCCGUGUUGAUGCUCAGGUCAAAUAUCAGUUGAGUGCGGCUGAGAUGUUGAAGAAACAGGGAAAUGAAUUUCAUAGUCAAGGAAGGUACAAUGAUGCUCUGAAAAAGUAUAUGCUUGCUAAGGAAAACAUUAAAGAGAUCCCAUCUUUUCAAAGUAGAAAGCUUCUUUUGGCAUGCUCUCUCAACUUGAUGUCCUGUUACUUGAAGACAAGGCAAUAUGAUGAAUGCAUAAAGGAAGGUUCUGAGGUUUUGGCAUAUGAUGCGAAGAACCUUAAGGCUCUAUAUCGAAGAGGUCAAGCAUAUAAGGAACUAGGUUUACUAAAAGAUGCUGUUUCUGAUCUGAGCAAUGCACUUGAAGUGUCCCCUGACGAUGAUACAAUCGCAGAGCUUUUACGGGAUGCCAAGGAAAAAUUGACAAUCGAUGGUGGUGGGCAUGUGCCUGGAAGACUAGUAAUUGAAGAAAUAACUGAAGAAGUUGAGAACGUGCCUUCUGGAAACAACAGUAGCUCUUCUUUAGAACAAACAGUGGUUCAGCCCAAAAAAUCUGGUGACUCCUCUAGGAACUUUAGUACAACUAACAAUGGAAUUCCAAGAACAACUACAGACAGUUUAGAUGCAUUGAAAAAAGAUCCUGAAGCUGUCAGAUCAUUCCAAAACUUCAUUUCAAAUACUGAUCCUGCCAUGCUGGCUUCUCUGAACACCGGACAAUUCAAAGAUGUGUCUCCAGAUAUGAUUAAAACUACCUCUGAUAUGAUUAGUAAGAUGUCACCCGAGGAACUUCAAAAAGUACUUGACAUGGCUUCUUCAUUUCAAGGGGACAGCCCAUUUUUAAGAGGAGGUUCCCCUGAUUCUUCUUUCAACCCUGGAACCGGAUCAAUUCCUCCCAAUGUAACACCUCACAUGUUUAAAGCAGCAAGUGAUAUGAUUAAUAAAAUGCCAUCAGAUGACCUUAAGAGGAUGUUUGAAAUGGCAUCUUCACUGAAAGGGAAAGAAUCUAUUCCAUCAGUAGCAGCAGAUGCUAAUGUGUUUUCACUGAAUGAAAGAAAUGUUUCCCGGUCAAACUUACCAUCAUCAAGUACUAAUGAAACUACUUCUUUUGGAGAAUCAAGUUCUCAUAAUGUUUUUUCAAAUAUGAGAAAUGCUUCUCAGUCAAACUUUCCUUCCUCAAGUACUGAUCUAGAAGAACAGAUGAGAAACCAGAUGAAAAAUCCAGCUAUGCGGCAGAUGUUCACAUCCAUGAUUAAAAAUAUGAGCCCAGAAAUGAUGGCAAACAUGGGUGAACAAUUUGGUGUUAAGCUUUCACCAGAAGAUGCGGCAAAAGCUCAGGAAGCCAUGUCAUCCUUAUCACCAGAGAGCUUGGAUAAAAUGAUGCUUUGGGCGGACAGGAUUCAAAGAGGAGUUGAUUCUGCAAAAAAGACAAAGAACUGGCUGCUAGGGAAACCUGGCAUGAUCUUUGCAAUAUGCAUGCUCAUUUUGGCUGUCAUUCUUCACCGGUUAGGCUUCAUUGGUGGCUAGAGUAAGGGACAAACAUUAUAUAGGAUCCCUUAGGCAUAACCUUCUUGUGUGAUGAGAUGAUUCAGUGUAUUGUCUUUUGUCUCAACCUAGAGACAAUGGAAAGAGGAGGGAACAUACACCGGUGUAUCUGGAAGGCAAAUGCCAAAAUGGCAUCUCAUCAGAUAUGUCCAAAUUGAGGAUGUGAUUGACACUUUUUUGUAAUAUAUUAGCUUUUGAGUUGUUUGCCAUUUAGCACUACUAGGAGGUACCCUAUCAUUCAAUAAAUGUGUAACUUUUUUGUCAUUCUUUUACCCUGAUCCUAAUGUAGCAUUGGUUUGGGUACGUUAUAAAAUUUUCACGAUUCCGUUUUCUGGGUGGUCUCAUCACAUGUGGAACUACUAAUUUGAGGAUAUAGUUUUAUCUGAGCCUGAUUUUA